UACUCUGCACCGUUCUUCUGUCUCAUCAGCUUCGAUCCAAACCCGCUUAGGAGAAACACAUUCUGGACUUUGAGCAUUGGUGGGACCUUUAUCUGGAUCAGCGUGUACGGGAUCAACCAGGCCCAGGUUCAGAGAUACAUCUCCUGCAAGAGCGUGACUCAAGCUCGACUCUCUUUGUACAUCAACUUGUUGGGUCUGUGGUCCGUUCUGCUGUCCUCCGUGUUUGCUGGAAUGUGUCUUUACUCGGUCUAUAAAAGAUGCGACCCGUGGACCACAGGACUGAUCUCUGCUCCAGAUCAGCUGAUGCCGUAUCUGGUGAUGGACAUCCUGGGAGAUUACCCAGGUCUGCCUGGACUCUUUGUUGCAGCUGCAUACAGUGGCUCUCUAAGCACAGUGUCCUCCAGUAUCAAUGCUCUGGCUGCAGUGACCAUCGAGGACCUCAUCAAACCUCACACAAACUUAUCUGAGAAGCAGCUCUCCUGGUUGUCCAAAGGGAUGAGUCUUCUGUUUGGAGUUUUGUGCAUUGGCAUGGCUGGGCUGGCCUCACUCAUGGGGGGGAUCUUGCAGGCGACUAUCAGUAUCUUUGGGGUCAUUGGAGGUCCUUUACUGGGUUUAUUCACGCUGGGCAUCCUCUGUCCGUUUGCAAACUCUAAAGGAGCUCUGUCAGGUCUCGUGUCAGGACUCGCCCUGUCUCUUUGGGUGGGCAUUGGAGCUCAGAUUUACCCUCCCUCAGCGGAGAUGAGUCGACCUUUGCCUCUGAACACUGAGGGCUGCAACUUCACCUUAACAAACAACCUGAGCUUGGCCUCUUUCCCAGAACAACUAAACUUCAGCACAACCCCGAUCCACACCAGUCACAGGCCUUUGCUGGCAGACUGGUACUCCCUGUCCUACCUGUACUUCAGUCCUGUUGGAACCAUAACAGCCAUCUUUGUAGGACUGAUCGUCAGCAUUUUAACAGGAGGACAUAAACUUCAGGUGGAACCGAAGCUUAUGCUACUGAAAGAAGACACAACUUUCUACCAUCUCAUUAAACUUUUUGAAGGAGGAGUAAAGAAACGCAGUGGUAAACUGAACCUGAAAAACCAGGAGAAGAAAUCUGGAAAUACUAAUCCUGCUUUUGUUGAUUUUGAGCUGGAUUUAACAAAAAUCAGCUCCAGAGAAUAAAAACGGAAUUUGUUGUAUUUGUGCCUUGAAUAUAUAAAUGUUAUGUUAUUGAGCCAAACAUAGAAAAGUAAUUAGUAGCAGUGCUGAUACGAUUUAAGUAAAUUGAAUAUAAAGAAAAUUGUGUUUUUAUGUUAACAUUUCUGAAACAGAUCAAGUAUUGCUAAAUGCAAUGAUCAUACAAUAAAUGAAAAAUGACAGAGUAUUAAGUUCAAACAGGAAGUUUGUCGUCUUCUUUGGUCUAAAACCAUAUUUGAGCUUUAUUUGGACAACAAUGAAAAGUUAAAAACAAAAUAUAAAGGCUUUGCAAAUAAGGAAUCUAAAAUAGUCUUCAAAGACCUGAGGUUAUCACAGUAAGAACGCAUGGCGGGUGCUGGGGGAUCUUGGCUGCAGCUGCUGCCCCGGCGGGGGGUCUUGGCGUGGGGAUGGCCGGGCGCUCUCCC